AUGGGUUUGUCAACGAGAUCUGUGCAUGGAAAUGCUCAAAAAAAAUUGGAAAAAAUUGCAUCUCUCAUAAAAGAAAAUAAGGUGAACCAAAUCUGUGUUAUGGCAGGAGCAGGAAUAAGUACGGCCGCUGGAAUCCCUGAUUUCCGAAGUCCGAAGACUGGUAUCUAUAAUAACUUACAAAGAUUCAAUCUGCCUUACGCAGAGGCCGUAUUUGACCUUUCGUAUUUUCAGAAAAACCCUCGUCCUUUUUACGAGUUGGCCUACGAGUUAUUACCAGAAAAGUUUAGGCCGACAUACACCCAUUAUUUUAUUCGUUUGCUUCAUGACAAAGGUUUGCUGAAAAGAUGCUAUACACAAAACAUCGAUACUUUGGAGAGAUUGGCCGGUGUUCCCGAAGAGCUUUUAGUGGAAGCUCAUGGCUCCUUUCAGUAUAGCCGCUGUAUAGAAUGUUACGAAAUGAGUGAUACCGAAUAUGUACGAUCGUGUAUAAAACAAAAGCAAGUUCCCCAAUGCGUACAUUGUAAGGGCUUUGUCAAACCAAUGAUUACGUUUUAUGGAGAAGGACUUCCUUCUCGAUUUUUUGAAGAAAUGGAAGAUGAUACGGAAAACUGUGAUAUGGCUCUCGUUCUUGGAACGAGCUUACUCGUCCAUCCUUUCGCUGAAUUGCCUGAAAUUGUCCCCGACAAGUGUGAGCGAGUUUUGAUCAAUCGUGAAAUUGCCGGUGAUUUUGGAGAGCGAAAAAAUGACAUAAUCGUAUUAGGGGAUUGUGAAACGCAAAUUCGUUCUCUUUGUGAAAUGCUGGGUUGGUCAGAAGAGUUAGACAAACUAGCAUCACCGGAUAUUGAUACUUUAGCAGAGGAAAUUGCACAGCUUUCUGUCCAAAAUAAAGCUAAUAAUUCUUCGAAGGACGAAGAAAAAAGCACAGAAGAACAAAAAGAAGAACCCUCCUCGUCUCCUGCUGAGCAGAUUGCCGACCAAAACGAAACAAACGUAACUAGAGCUACCUCGGCCUCAUCCUCUCCUAAAGAGGAGAAACCCGUCUCUCAAAGGAAGAACGAUUAG